AUGGCUAGCAAUAACGGGGCUACUCUCGUUCCGCGCACCAAUCCUCCUCUUGGCCACGAUGAGGAAAGUGCAACUCACAUUGACAGUGACAUGACUGAUGCUUCCUACCUCAGCGACCCCAAGGAAGCCCGUCGACGUGCCCUAGCCGAGAUUGACCAGGCCCGGUUCGGAUGGCGCCAUGUUCGUGCUGUGAUCGUCGCUGGUGUCGGAUUCUUUACUGACUCGUACGAUAUCUUCGCCAUCAAUCUCUGUGUCAGCAUGCUUGGUGUGGUCUACUGGCAAAACGCUGCUUCCAACCCCGGCAAGAUCCCCUCCAGCUCUGAUACGGCCAUCAAGGUCGCGACUUCCGGCGGUACCGUUAUUGGUCAGCUCUUCUUUGGAUGGCUGGCUGAUCGCAUCGGUCGCAAGCGCAUGUACGGUUUCGAGCUCAUGAUCAUCAUCCUUGCUACCUUGGCCCAGGCUCUCGCGUCCGACUCUCGCGCUAUCUCCAUCACUGGCUUGUUGAUCUUCUGGCGUGUUAUCAUGGGGAUUGGCAUUGGUGGAGAUUAUCCGCUGUCGUCGAUCAUUACUUCGGAGUUCGCAACUACCAAGUGGCGUGGUGCCAUGAUGGGAGCUGUUUUUGCCAUGCAGGGUAUUGGUCAAUUCGCUGCAGCGAUAAUGGCUUUGAUCGUCACUUCCGGCUUCAAGGAGUCUCUCGAAAGCGCAAAAGAUGUCGCCCAUUGCACAGGAGAUUGCCAGCUUGCCGUUGACAAAAUGUGGCGUACCAUCAUCGGAAUCGGCGCCGUGCCUGCGUGUGCGGGUCUUUACUUCCGCCUCACCAUUCCAGAAACACCUCGUUACACCUUUGACGUCGGCAAAGACAUUCUGAAGGGUGAAUCCGAUAUCCGUGCCUACAUCAAGGGACAAAAUGAAGGACACCCGGAUGAGAUUCGCCGUAUCACUGUUCUCCGAAAUCAAAACACCGAGCUCAUGGUUCCUAAGUCGAGCCUCGGGGACUUUUACAACCACUUCGCCACAUGGAAGUAUGGCAAGGUUCUUCUCGGCACAGCUGGUUCAUGGUUCUUCCUUGAUGUUGCAUUCUACGGACUCGGACUUAACAACUCGAUCAUCUUGGGUGCUAUCGGAUGGACGGGCGGGCACAAUGUUUACCAGGUCUUCUACCGCAAUGCCGUCGGCAACCUGAUCCUCAUCUGCGCUGGUGCCAUUCCUGGCUACUGGGUGACUGUCGCUACAGUUGAUACGAUCGGUCGCAAACCAAUCCAGAUGUUCGGCUUCAUCAUGCUUACCAUUCUGUUUAUCAUCAUUGGAUUCGCCUUCACCCCCCUGAAGAAUUCUCACAAUGGUCUUCUGGCUCUCUAUGUGCUCGCCCAAUUCUUCUUCAACUUCGGUCCGAACGCAACUACUUUCAUUGUGCCCGGUGAGGUCUUCCCUACCCGCUACCGUUCCACCUCCCAUGGUAUCAGUGCUGCGUGUGGCAAGAUUGGCGCAAUCAUUGCGCAGUGUGUCUUUGGUCCUCUGGUCAAUAAGGGUGCCCCGAAGGGUGUCACCGACAACCGCUGGCUCAACCACGUUAUGCAGAUUUUCGCUCUGUUCAUGCUUUGUGGCUGUUUCACCACCUUGCUGAUUCCCGAGAGUAAGCGCAAAACUCUGGAGAGCCUUUCUGGCGAAGACCUUGUGGAUGACAGUGUGACCAACGAGCAUCCAUCUGGGGAUUCCAAUGGCAAGCAGCUGGAGAUGACAGCUGUUUCUGCUGGAAAGUCCCAGACACACUAA